GUACCUCUGCUGCGAGACUCAGCAGGAGCAAAGGGAGUGGUUUGCGACCUUCUUGUCCGCACAGCACGGUGCCAACAACCUGUGGCCAUCAGAGACCUCCAAAGUGCGCGCCUCCCGCAUCCAGCACGACUCCCGGUUGGGCAACAUCUCCUUGAUCCCUUUGCGCGGCAGCGAGCACGAGAUGAGGAACAGCGUCGCAGCCUUCACAACCGACCCGCUGAUGCUGCUGCGGGACCUAUGAAGCUGGAAGACUGACGCGUCAGGUUUGUUGACGAGCGGAAGAAUCCUGGACAAUCUCUUUGGCAUUUUCCUGGCUGGACCAGCAGGGAGGGGAUGGAGGGAGGGGGGAUACUGGGGACCAAAGGCUUUUUGGACUGCCCGUCUCUCCAAAAAGGCAAGUGGACACCCGUCAGAACCAUCAAGGGAAUGGGCGGAAAGCGUCGGAGGACUUCCUCACGAGGAUGGACCAGAUUUUUGAAUAAAGCCGCCACCUGGAGUCACGCCUUCUAGGGAAGGGAGCCAAAUUAAGGCCUGGACAGGGAGACAUGUUGCCCGUCAGGACACGCCAACAGGACUGCCCGCCUGGCCCCUUCAUCCACUCGUGUGGCCGGUCCCUGACCGCUUGCCUCCCUCUUGUGUACCUUGGAUGGAAACUGGAAAGUGCGCCCGCUUGCUGAGGGGAAGAUGUGGACUGUGAACUGUUGCUGGAUUUUACCCGUCUUUGUUUUAAACUAAAACUUUGGCCAAGAAGAUAGGAGACAAUAUUAAGGGAAGGCCUCGGCCUCUCUGCCCUGUUGCUGGCCCUCCAGAGGAACUGGC